UUGAAAAGCGUGAGGUGGGGGAGCACGUCAAGCGCUCUAGAUUGCCCGCAUGAUCGCAGCGUGAACUGGUAACGUACAUUUAUUUUAGCUCAGUCGGAGAAGUCAAUCGUUUAGACCAGCGGAGGAAACGAAUGAGAUUUCAACCGACUGGCGCACAGUGAGCGGCUCGACCUGCCAGCAGAUCUCUCACCCCUUUCUCUUCAGCAGACUGAUAAGGAGACCCAGAUGGAUAACAGGAAGACAUCUGAUGACAAGCCCGUUCAGCGUUCUAAGUCUUUCAGUUUCAAGACACAGAAGGAGACGUGUGCAUCAUGUGAGAAGACUGUAUAUCCGAUGGAGAGAUUGGUGGCCAACAACCUCAUCUUCCAUAACUCGUGCUUCUGCUGCAAGCAUUGCAACACCAAACUCAGUCUGGGGUCCUAUGCAGCGCUGGCAGGGGAGUUCUACUGCAAACCACACUUCCAGCAGCUCUUCAAGAGUAAAGGGAACUACGACGAGGGCUUCGGACGCAAGCAGCACAAGGAGCUCUGGGCCUCCAAGGAUGCAGAGAGCAUCACCAAGACGGCAUAAUCCUCAGUGAUUUCCAAAGCACAUUUCCCCUCCACUGGCCAGUGAUGACGACCCUUUAUAUACUCUGCCCACGUCAACAGACACACACAUCCACCCAAACACACUUACACAGCCAACAAGCAGUUGAGCCAGGCUUUCUUGAUAUAACACCACAAUCACAGAUAUACCACCAUGUGAUAGGGUCGACUAGCUUCCCUUUUUUGUUUGUUGUUCUUUAUAUUUUCUUUUUUUUUCUCUCACCCUUUUCCUUCUCUGUUUAGUUUAUUUAGCAUUUUGUGUUUGUAAUUUUUUUUUUUUUUUUUUUUUGUUAUGGAGUGAACAGUUAGUUGAUUGUGACCAAAAUCUUUGUAUCCUUAUAGGUGGGAUGAUUCACUUACUAGCAUCUUUACUAUCCUGUUUGGCAGUACUAGUAUCAGUUGAUUUUCUGUCAUAAGAGCUUUCAAGAUGGUUUAGAUUAUACACUCAGGUAAAGAUUUUGGGUUGUUGCAUUAAUAUUAUACAGCAGUCUUUUAUGUACUUGGUGAACUGAAAUGUUUUGUUUUAUGAUUGAUAUUUGUCCCUCACUUCAGUUACAGCAGUUGGUACUGUUUUUAAACUUAAUGGCUUAACAGCCUUAGUCUUUUAUUUUGUCUGCUUUGCUAGCGCAGGGUAUUUUAUCUGAGAAUCUACUGGGUACACAGUACUGUAAAGAACUCCCUUUUCAUUCAUUUUUUCAUCCCUUUUCUAUAUUCUUUUAACAUUAAGAAUUGGUAUUUGACAGAUACUGUAAGACAGGCCUCUGUGAUCUAAUUGGACAAUAUCAUUCUUGUUAAAGGGAUAGUUCACGCAAAAAUUAAUAUUCUUUCAUUAAUUACUUACCCUCAUUUUGCUCCAAACCCGCAAAACCUUCAUUCAAGAGAACUACCACAUUAAGGCACAGAAACAUAGUGAAAAAAAGCAACAUUUGAACCACAUAUGUCACAUGGACUAUUUUAACAAUGUUUUUACUACGUUUCUGGGCCUUGAAUGUGGUAGUUCCCUUGCUGUCUGCAGGGUCAGAAAGCUCUCGGAUUUCAUCAGAAAUAUCUUAAUUUGUGUUCUGAAGAUGAAUGAAGGUCUUAUGCGACAUGAAGGUGAGUAAUUAAUGACAGAAUUUUCAUUUUUGGGUGAACUAUCCCUUUAAGAAUCAGUAUCUUUUACCAAAUGUAGUUGUGUAAACAAUAUUUGCUUAUAGUAUUUGAGUUUAUAUUCCCUUUACUGAAUAUUAAUCACUCCGAGUUCAUUUGAUUACAAAAUAAGAUUUAAACUUUUUAAACGGAGUCUUAUAUCAGCCAUCUCUCUGGCGCCAUCUAGUGUUUUGGAUGAUAUUUCUUAUUUUACCUAAUGUUGUUUAUUCUUGGCCAUCUUUUAAUGCCAUAUAGUAAUAUCUAUGCUAAUUUUAUCAAACAUAAAUAUACCUUAUGUGUUAUUUUAGUCAUAUUUUUAAGCAGACUGCACUGCAAUUUUUUUUCUUCAUAUUGUUGCUCAGUGAUUUCUUGCAAAGGCAUUUGUACAUAAAGUACCACUUAGCAGAGUGAAUGUACUGUGAUGCACUGUACUUUAUACUUGCUGCAUGGGACCAAGCUUGUUUGACAAAUUAAGAUAUUCACAGGGAACUAGAUCUCAGAGGAAAUUACAUAUCUGAUGCUUUGCACCGUUGUCUCCCCCCACCCUCCACCACUUCCUGUCAUCACAUAGAUUUUCAGCUGUUUCCUGUGGGCUUCUCUGUGAUGGGGUUUUGUGGGAAUUUGAGAACAUAUGUAACUGUGUGGCUCCGAAGCAUUGCUCAGGAAUAUGGAUGUGUUAUGAUACAACAGUGUCACCCCUAGCAAGUUUAUCAUUAAUCACUCUUAAACUCUAAAUUGACAAACAGUUAGCAGGGGUUUGAGUAAAAAGGGGGUACUGUACAUCUAAAUGAAAACUUUCAUCCCAGGUUUUGUAUGCACAUGUCAGCGUGAAACUGACUUGUGAAUUGUCACUGUGGCCAUAAGCUGUGACCUCUCCGGUGGUUAAUGUAUUUGUGUACAAACAUCAUUAAUGCCAUCAUGUUUGUUUUAAUGAAUUAAAUGCCUCUGUGUUUUAAUAUUUCUUUUUGCUUUUAUAGUGUAACAUGGUAAAGCUAUUCUGAUAUUUCUGUAUUUGUUAAAGGGGUCAUGAACUGCCAUUUCCGACGUACAAGCAUUCGCGCCGAUUCUGACAUGAAAGAGAAAUUGAUUCACGGCAUAACGCAACAGCGCUCCCACUCGAUCUAGAUAAGUUAGGAUUGCUAAGAAGGCUU